AUGUUUGUUUACAAAUAUAAAUCCCUUUCAUUAAUGACUUUCCAUUGUUGCAGGAAAACUAGAAAUGACGAAGAUGAUCCCCUUGUCGUUGAAGCUAAAAAUCAAGAAGACAAGUUUCAAAAGACAACUAGAAAAGACGAAGAUGAUUCCCUCGUCGUUGAAGAUAAAAAUCAAGAAGACAAGUUUCAAAAGACAACUGGAACAGACGAAGAUGAUGAUUCCCUUAUUGUUGAAUUUGAAAUUCAAGAAUACAAGUUCCCACCAGUGGCAGGAAGACGCAUUUGUUAUAUUAAUUAUAUAUUUAGUCAAUUACAAGAAAAAGCACGUCACAACAACUAG